AUUUAUAGAUCAAUGAUGACAAAAAGUUCAAUAGUAAAAGAUGUGGAAUGGGCAAUAGGAAGCCAUCGCACGCUUCUUCGAAUAAAUGGUUUAUGGAUUUACUCUGAAAAACAUUCAUGGCUUGACAUCGCAAUGAAUAUUCAAGCAUUACUUCUCACUUUAAGUAUAUUUGGAUUUGUUACAUUGCCCCAAACUAUAGCGUUAAUGAAAACUUGGGGUAAUGUUACGUUGAUUGGGGAUAAUAUUAUGUCCAAUUUGCCAGUCACUAUGGCUGGAAUAAAACUUAUUAAAAUGUGGACUAACAAAAAAAUUCUCGUAAGGAUGGUCAAACAAAUUGAAAAUGACUGGUAUCAAUUAAGUAAUAAUACUGAACGAGAUGUUAUGAUAAAGUAUGCAAAAAUCCCAAAGUUAAUGUUAUUGUGCGGCUUGAUUAACAUUACUUCAAGUACUUUGUUUUAUCACAUUUUAUCAAAUUUCUUCGGAAUUACUUUACGUGCAACAUCUAAUCUUACUGAUAUCUAUGGAGAUAAAAUUCUCCCACUUCAAUCGGUGUACUUUUUCGAUCUAUCGACAACCCUUAGUUUUUAUUUUGUAUCAUGGAGUCAAUUAUUUGGUUCUUUAGUUGCCAGUCUUGUUUAUACAACUUUUGACAUAACUUUUGGUUUAUUUGUGCUGCAUACAUGUGCUCUCCUAGAAAAUCUUUCAGAACGAAUUCAUAAUAUGCCAAUGGAUUCUGAAGUAAAAUUUCAGAAAACUUUGAAGUCGACUGUUUUGCAACAUUGUGCUUUAGUCAGGUAA